GGGCGGCACCGGGCACCGCGGGGCGGGCCGCGCAAUCGGCGUCGGCGGCACCGGCCCCGCCUCCGGCGGCGCCCGCGUUGUCGUCAUCAACCAGCGCCCGGGCCCCCGGAGUUGCUUACGCAGGACAUGGAUUCACAGAAGGAUGUGCAGCCUCCAAAGCAGCAGCCAAUGAUUUACAUUUGUGGAGAAUGUCAUACAGAAAAUGAGAUAAAAGCAAGAGAUCCUAUCAGAUGCAGAGAAUGUGGCUACAGAAUAAUGUACAAGAAGAGGACAAAAAGAUUGGUGGUUUUUGAUGCCCGAUGAUGUCUGCUGAAGACACAGUGACUUCAUGAUGCAGUUUAAUCUUGCUGAUAACUUUGCUCUGUAAAUCCAUUUCUGUACAAAUGCAUACUCUUAUUUGUGUUUUAAGAUAUUGACAUAUUAAAGUUUACUGUGAUACUAAA